AUGUUCUACUCUGAAUUUAUCCUCACCAAGAAGGGUCCUCUAGCAAAAGUUUGGCUGGCCGCGCAUUGGGAUAAAAAGUUGAACAAGCAAGCUAUUGCUGGUUUAAAUUUGGAAAAAUCGGUAAAGAGCAUUGUUGAUCCUACCAUUCCUAUCGCCUUGAGAACCAAUGGUCACUUGUUGUUGGGUGUAGUCAAGAUUUACUCUAGAAAAGUAAAAUAUGUUUUGGCCGAAUGUAAUGAAACUCUUACCAAGAUCAAACUUCAAGCCAAGACAAAGGAUGUUACCGAUGAAAAUAUUAACAUGCCAGCUCAACACACAACAGCUACCAAGAAUCAAAUUACACUUCCUGAAGUUAGUGAUUUGGAUUUGCUUCUUCUUCCUAAUGCUGCUGCCAUCACUUUGGAACUUGGAGAUAAUUGGCAAAGCAAUAUUAAAGAUAUUACAUUGAUAGAUUUUGCUGCUUGGACCACUGAAGAAUCAUUCGAACCAACCUCAUUGGAAGGAAAAAUUGAUGACAUGAUUGCUACAACACCAACAACAACUACACCAACCUCUAUUGAAGGUGUAAGAGCUGCUCAAAGUGGUACUGGUAUUCACACAUCUGGAGGUAUCACAACUAUUGGUACCGAUAAAGUAUUCGAAGGUGGUGUUGAUAUUCAAGAUAUUCUACCAUUCGAUGUCACAACACCUGGUGUUCCAGGUUCUCCAAUGGGAGAAUUAGGUGGUAUUGAUGUUGGUGACAUUGGUUUCACAGGAUUUGAUCAAGGUCUAAUUACCACUCCAGGUCUUGUAGAACCUGUAAUAUCAACUCCAACUGUUGGAGAAGAAGAAGAGGAAGAAGAACAACCAACCAAGAAGAGAAAGAGAAAACCAGGUAAACUAAUCUUUGAUGAACCUGCAAAUUAUUCUAAAGGUUAUUAUACAAAGAGAAUGAAGAAAACUCCAGCAGAAUUAAUUACAGAAAGAGGAAAUGCUCCAGCAACAAGAGAAGAAUUUGAAAGACAUGCCCAAAGAGGUGUUUCUAAGGAUAUUUGGAAACAAACACCAUUUGGAAUGGAUCUUCCAAUUGGAUUUAUUGAUUUCUUCUCCACAGCCAUUGAUAGAGUAAAUGCAAAGGAUAAGAAGCCACUCACUGAAGAAGAAAGAGAUAGAGAACAAUUGAGAGAACAAGCUGCUUCCACUCCUGGAGUUGUCUUUGUUACACCUGGAAUUACACCUAUGGAAAUGCCAACUGAAAUUGGUGGUUUGGAUGCUGAUUUGGAUAUUGCUCCAACAGAACCAUUCGAACAACCAACAACUGGUAUCAGAGGAAGAACUACUCUUGGUCCAGGAGAAUUGAGUCCAAUUGCUGCCGAUAUUUUAAUUGAUGAAGAUAUUGAGGAUAUGUUAAUUUCCACAGCUAAGAAAAAGAAGAGUGCCACUCCUCUCACUGAUCAACAAAAGAAACAAAUCAUUGAAGAUAGAAAUAGAAUUGAGCAAGAAUUGAGAGAAAGAGCUUCAACACCUUCACAAGCACGUGGUGCUCCUUCAGCCGCUGGUGUUACUGAUAGAACUGUUAAGGUUUUGUCCAUGUUAGAAGAAGGUUUCAAACAAGCUGAUUCAGAUUCUUUGAGUUUAACAGAAAUGUUGAAGGGUAAAAAGAGACAAACUGCUGCAAGAUGUUUUUAUGAAACUUUGGUCCUUAAGAGUAAGGGUCUCAUUGAUGUAAGCCAAAGCGAACCAUUUGGUGAAAUUGUAAUUAAUAAGGUUGAGUAA